GGUCGAUGUCCGCCAUGGGCCGAGCCACGCGCGUGGCGCUGGGUCUUCUCCAAGUGGCCGCCCUGAGCAGGUGUGUCUUUGGCGCUGACACGUUGGCCUGUGAGGCCACUGGGUCAGAGGAUUGGCCUGCGGUUCACCGACAGCUCCUACGCCUGUUGGAUGGACAGGUGGGAGCCAACGUGCUGGGGGCCGAACUGGAUCGAGUCUCGGAGUCUUUGAGGGCGGCCCAAAAGGAGAGCGACCAGAACAACCAGAGCAACGAGCACUUGGAUUGCCUUCCUGGGCGCAUUUCGUUGGAUCUCCUCCUGCUGCUUACACAUCCAGGACCAUUUGAUGGAAUUUGGAAUGAGGAAGGCCUGUUAGAUCUCAAUUGGCGUCGUUUCCCUUGGCCCACGGUGGUGCGCAGUGGUUGGCCGGUGUUCCGGUUGUUGCGGCUGCUCCAAAAGCGAGCGCAGGCACAAGCGGAGGCAGCGGCAGUCCCGGGCUGCGAGGAUACCGAGGAUUCCUUUGAAGCGACUCUCUUGAAGCAUGUACGUCACCAGAAGGUCCACGAGGCGAUCUUGGGCGCCAGCGUGGGUUUUUUGCUGAAUCCAUCGGACAGAUGUCCCCUUUCCACAGCAGCUGCAUACUUAGCCAGCGCUUGGGUUCGAUUUCCCGUCUACGACGAGGAGACGGAGGACAUACUUGGUCUAGCAGAAGAAAGUGUACGAAACCUGAGUUUGGCCAGCAUCCUGGUAACAGACCAUGGAUUGCUGGCUAUGCUGGACGACGUGGCAGGCUCCUACCAGGCUUUCUUGAUCGAUUCUGGGGCCUUGUACGUCGACAUGAGGCAGCAGGAGGACGAGAAUGUGGUUGACUACACCCGCCACAUGAUGAGUGCAGCAAGCCGGGCCCACGAGGAUGAGAAGCAGUGUGAGCUCCAGGCUCAAACGCCGCUGGGCCGCUGCAACGGCUUCGCGGCGCUGGGGAGCGCCUUGUCGCCUUGGAGGUCUCGCGGAGUGGCACAGGAGGACACGGUCCGAGCACUUCAGGCCACCGAGAAGGAUGGCUCCCCACAGGCUUUGCUCUUCCGCUUGGUUGAGCAUGAUGCGACCAGUGCAGAGCUCCGACUUCUGACAACGGAUGAGGUGAUGAGAGACUUUGAGCCGCUCGUGGAGUGCCUGGCGCAGAUCUUGGUUCCUAUCCUGGCAGCUAUGCUUGACAUGCCCAGGCUCGAGUUUGUGGUUGCCCUGGAAGAGAUGAAGAAGCCUCAGGCGCCUCUCCUUGCAGGUCGCCGCCAGGAUGUACCACCGCCACUCUUUUGCUUUUGUCAAGGUCAGAAGAGAGGUGCCUUCAAAGGAAUUCCACUGCCGGCACUUUGUCCUGAAUUCCGCCCAACAUGCACCCACAAGGAAGAGGCCAUGUCAGAAGAGGAGCAGCUUUGCUACAUCUUCCGACUGCUGAGCGGAUUUUCGGAGCUGCUGCGCUAUGUGCCUCCCGGCCACGCGGCCGAGGAACAGGCAUGGACGCUGGAUGAUCUCAGCGUCACGGCCGGUGUCUCAGUGAAGAGAGCUUGGCCAGUGGUGGGAGGAGAUCCUGCGCUGGAAGAAUCCGUUUUACAUUGUGCAAAGCUCAUUGAUACAUCGGCUGCUUGAUGAAGGCACCGCACGGUGUUCUGACAAAAGCCUUCGGACGUCGAAAAGGAAGACGCUAGCCGGCCACACAGCACGGCGGCGAGCCGCAGCCACGCAGCACAGGUGCGGGGUUGGUCUCCAAGUCAGCAAUGGAUCCUGAUUUGUACAGGAUGAUCAGAUGUUUAAAAAAUAUCGGGAGCUUGAUGUUAAACUCCUUUUUUGGAAGAAAAAGUUAUGUCUUCGAAAAAGCUCAACCUGAAAAAAAUUGUAGCACUUGUUUGUUCUUGCCAAGUGGACUUGUUUGAGCACCGAACUGCGCUUCUUUGAUGAGGUUGACACCGCACCUUUGGGUGGGUUUGAAGGGUUUAAAAGACGGGCGGGUUUCCUUCGGGACACCCGCCAUAUUUAUGCAGCAAACUCAUGCACGCCAUGUGAACGGUGGCGAACCCCCAAAAAUGGCUUGGCUUGGCUGUGAGAAGGCUCCAUGCCUGUCUUUUGAGUGAUUCUAGUGUCUUUUGUUGCUUGAAUGAGCCCUUUGACAUGAGCGAAGGAAGCGAACAAUGAAGGGAACUCCGAAGACCUCGAACAACCUGACUUCAAAGAGGAUCACAGGAUCACAUGCGACCUGAUUGCUGAAUGUCCAGUGGUUCUUGGAUAUAGCUAGCUAGCCCAUGGCCUACACAUGCCUACACUUUAAUUAGCAUUCCUGUCUGAAACUAAAACUACAUCAAACCAUUGCAAAACCCAUGUGAUAGUCCACGGGCGCCCUGGUAUUGAUUGAUCCCAAAAGUGCAAACAGUCAACAAUUCUAGCACCUUUUGGGAAAAACACACACCUGUCCUAUAUAGAAAUCUAUAGUACGUACCACUUAGUCCUCCUUUCUUCGGCCAAGUCGGGUUUGCCUCGGUCGCACCGUCCCACCGUCCGGGUGGCCGGGGUGGGUUGCUGGGACCGGUGGUCGACUCGGGGCCAACAGGAUGUGACAUCGAAGCUAUUAGCCAUUGGCCCUUUGUCCAGGAUCAAUUGGCUUCAUGAAGUGUGCAUUCUGCUGGUUGAAAGUGAUGAAUCUCUUCCUUGUGAGUCUAGUGGAUUCGCUAAGUCAAACUCAGUGGAUUCUCCGCUUGACGUCGGUGCUGAGGAUAUAGGUACCUGCACUAGAAGAACAAGUUUUACUUUGCACUGUGCAAAGCGAGCGCACAGCAUCCACCACGGUUCGUCCACCCCGCGGCGCGGUAGACCGCGCUUCGUGGCGUUUCCAACCGCGGCGCCGACCCGGAGAGCUCGGCCGCGCACGCGAGAGCCCCGGAGAGCGAGGAGUUCCGUGGCUGGAGACGAGACGUGUUUUUCGUCCAGUGGCCGGCGCCAAGCUCGGGUGGUUUUCGUGGCAAAAGAGGAGAAGCUCGGGUGGUUUUCGUGCUUGUUUUAACCAAAGUGUGACACCGUUCUUGGAAGACUUGGACCGGA